UUAGGGUAAGACUAACCUGGAGGCCUCCAGGUUAGGGCUAAGACUAACCAGGAGGCCUCCAGGUUAGGGUAAGACUAACCAGGAGGCCUCCAGGUUAGGGUAAGACUAACCAAGAGGCCUCCAGGUUAGGGUAAGACUAACCAAGAGGCCUCCAGGUUAGUGUUAGGUUAACCAGGAGGCCUCCAGGUUAGUGUUAGAUUAACCAGAAGGCCUCCAGGUUAGUGUUAGAUUAACCAGGAGGCCUCCAGGUUAGUGUUAGGUUAACCAGAAGGCCUCCAGGUUAGUGUUAGGUUAACCAGAAGGCCUCCAGGUUAGUGUUCGGUUAACCAGAAGGCCUCCAGGUUAGUGUUAGGUUAACCAGAAGGCCUCCAGGUUAGUGUUAGAUUAACCAGGAGGCCUCCAGGUUAGUGUUAGGUUAACCAGAAGGCCUCCAGGUUAGUGUUAGAUUAACCAGAAGGCCUUCAGGUUAGUGUUAGAUUAACCAGAAGGCCUCCAGGUUAGUGUUAGAUUAACCAGAAGGCCUCCAGGUUAGUGUUAGAUUAACCAGGAGGCCUCCAGGUUAGUGUUAGGUUAACCAGAAGGCCUCCAGGCUAGUGUUAGAUUAACCAGGAGGCCUCCAGGUUAGUGUUAGGUUAACCAGAAGGCCUCCAGGUUUCUGAGUCUUAUUAUAAAGGGGAAAAAGAGGCAAGAUGGCAGCUUGGAAUGUGGGCGACAUCAUGUGAAGUCCUCCUAUUGGUUAGUCAGGGUUUGUAAACCUUCUAGAAUCUUUGAGCAAACCAUGACAACUCGACGCAUCCUGUCUCAUUCCAUCGGCCGUCUGGAUCUCAUUCCGAAGGCCUUUCCGUUGAGCUGUCCGGGUUUCCCCUGAGGGUUCCUGGAAGUUUCCUAACUGACUAGCUGAUCUUGCCGCCAUAGGUGCAUACGGUCUGUAGGUCCAAGAUGAUCGGUUCUUUGCGAGCGACUAGCACUGGAGUUCACCGGGUGCAAGGCGCUGCGCUCUGAUUAGCUACAAUGCGGUGCCAGGUGAUGUCACCCAACAUACGGAUUAUAUGCUAAGUGAUCUCACGUGGGAUUGAUUAGAGACAGCGUCCGCAAUAACCUGCGUUGAUGCAACGUUCCGGAAGGUUGGUUUUUAUUUCGUCCAUGUUUAGUCAUACUUUGAAGGAAAAUUCCACAAAGAACAACACAAUAGCCCGGGGGUAGGAGUAUAGCGUCUGGUUAAUGUAAAGGUCUUGUGCUGUUUGUUCAUAAACGCUGAGACAGGACUAUCCGGAAAGCCAAGCAGACGUUGCUAAAAUAUCUAUUCAUUGUAAUUUGAAGCUCAAUAAACUCAAAACACGUGUCAGGUAAUCCUUUACGUUGAUUCCACCUCCUCAACGAUGAAAUGAUGAAAGACAAAGACUAAUACAAAGUCUUGGACACACAGCCUUGGACUUCGCCCCGACUCAAUUGUUAGGCCAUUUCCCGAUUGGAUUUUCAAAUGCUGCUCUCAAUUGCAUCCUGUAUCUUCCCUGCUGCCCUGUCUGUCCCGGGGGCCGACCGACUGUGAUAACAGGUUCCGCCGUAGAAUUAGGCUACUGCUCCUGCUUUCCUUCCAUUUGGGAUUUCCUCAGACUCUGGAGUGUUUCUUAUCUACAUCUGGUCAAGAUAAAGUCUGUUUUCCUAUCAACUCUGGCAGCCUAAGCAGCCUGUUUGCCAUGAGAGUCCAGAGUUGAUUUGAUUACAGUCAGAGAGUCAGGAAAAUCUAGUCCAAUUUUUUUCCAUGUUGUAAUAAGGGCUCCUUAAUCAUUGUUUUCACGUUUCUCUCAAGCAAGAACAAGAACCAUUAAAAAUGGAACAGUUUUUAAGUGAUUGCAAGGUCCUUGUGGAUCAAAGGACUGUGUGUGCGUACGCGUACGCGUGUGUCUCCGUCAUACAGGGCUGAUUGUGUUCGCAAUUCCAUGUAAAUCAGAGUCGCUCUCUCCAUGCCUGACCGCACAUGUCGACAAAACUUCAAUUUCAGCCCGCCAAAAUGAAACUACACACACACACACACAGGCACACACAGGCACACGCACGCACACACACGCACACACACACACACACACACACAGGCGCACAGGCAGCAACCAAUCAUUCUGGUCCCUCCAAUCGUCCCAUGUUUUUAGUUCAUUAACCCGGGGAGAAAAGUACUUAACCAGGAGGAGAGGGUGGGGGGGGGGGGGAGUGGGUGGUGAGCUCAUCAAUAGAGGGAGAGAGGGGGGAGGGGGGGGUCAACCGCCCCGUCCCCACGGAAACCUGGUAGCACGAUCCAUCAUAGUGACACCCACGGGGUGCAGGAUCGAUGCGGGCCCAGUGCAGCAGCCUCCACUGAGGCCCCGCCCACUGGCUUCCAGCCUCGGACACGUGCUCGCUCCACGUGGAGGCCCGCGUGGAGGCUCGCUCCACGCGGGCCUCCGCGUGCUCGCUCCGCGCGGGCCUCCGCGUGCUCGCUCCGCGCGGGCCUCCGCGUGCUCGCUCCGCGCGGGCCUCCGCGUGCUCGCUCCGCGCGGGCCUCCACGGGCUCGCUCAGCGGUUAAGCUCGCUGACACUCUAGCUUUUGAGUGGGUGUUUGUUUUGGAGGAAAGUUUUCAACGGACACACACAAAGACACACACAUGCACACGGACACACACACAGACACGCGCACACACAAACACAGACACGGACACUUGUACUUAAGAGUAUGACGAACACAAACACAGCCAUAGUGUGAGUGUUUGGGUCCAUUGGGACUGAUUUCCUGGGAAAAGGUUUCCAUUAUGCUGAUCCGAAAUAAAGGAUGAAAGGGAGAAUUCCGUUGUUUAAUUGCAUUCAAUUUUUGGCAGAAAUGAUUGUUUAGAUUUUAAUGCCUCUUUAUCUGUAAUAUCAAUGUUAGCCAAUUUUUUUUUUGAGAAUGUUACACUAAUCCACCUGAAAUAAAAAAAAUUCAAGAUCGAUCUUGGCCUGUUUUGCAUUUGUAUGUGAUCUUUGAAAAAAAACGAUAUCCAUUUAAUUUUUUAUUUUGUGUUGCACAAAACGCAGCUGGUAACUAUGUGUCUCUGUCUGCCAACAUAGUUCAGUGUUUUUAUGUGCGGUUAUGUUAUUGCAGCCAGACGUGGUCAAAUGUUGGGUUGUGCAUUGGAAAAUUCCAAAACUUCCAGGACAGCCACCUGGAUGUAUUUAAGAUGUCAGGGGCACAUCAUAUGCCCACUUCUACAUAACAAUGCCAAAACAAGAAGGAUUUGAUUAUAUCACGUUUGAAUCUGAAAACCAAACAACUCUCCUCCGACAGCAAUGCAACUACAUUUCCCAGAACCCCUUUCACCCCCACGAACGGUUGCCUAGCACCAGUGGAGACGCUUUUAUCCUACAAACUAGCCAACAGAAGCUAGGAUAGAGGUUCUACAAUCGUGUAUUAUUAAGUUGUCAUUGUUGGACCAUUUGUGUACAUGAGUAUCAUAGGACCCAUGUGAUCUAGGACCACCUUUACUAUUGCUGUUGCGUAAAAAAGAACGCACCUCGACGCGGAUCUUCCGGGGCGCCGAAGCGUCUCUGCUCCCAGGGGCCAUCGGGAGCCUGGCGACCCCUGCCUCCCAAACACCCCUGCCUCCAAAUCACCCCUGCCUCACCCCUGCCUGCCAAACACCCCUGCCUCACCAUUGUCUCCCCUGCCUCCCCAAACACUCCUGUCUCACCCCUGCCUCCCCAAACACCUGCGGCCGCUGCCGCUGCUGCAGAGACGGGGACGCGCUGCGACGAGGAAGGAGGAAGACGAGACGAGGGUCCGAUGGAGGUGAAGCAGCUCACACUGCUAAAACGCUCUUCUGAGAAAGGUGGCGUUUUAAGCACGGACCUCGUGUCCAAAUGUUUAUCCAGCCUCGGACGCUCCGGGUCCGAACUGCAUCAUGUCUACCAGUGUCUCUCUGUCCCGGGUCACAAUCUGAGCGAUAUCUCCAUCCUAUCCAAUUACGUGCAUCUCCAAAAGCUUGAGCUGGCCCGCAACAAAAUUAAAGAUUUAUCCUGCGUCAGCCAAUUGCCCUACCUCGUCUCCCUGGACGCCUCGCACAACCAACUGGCAGACUUCUUUGGAUUCCAGCCACCAUGAACCUGAAGGUAAAAUCUAACAAAGGAAGUGAACUUCUCCUACAACCUGAUGACCAAAAUGAAGGACCUGGCAGCCUACCCAUCGCUCAGCACACUGAACCUCGACCACAACCUCUUCAGUGAGAUCGAAGGUCUGAAGCCAUGCAGAAGCCUCACCCACCUCAGCCUGGCCCACAACCAGAUCUCAGCCAUCCAGGGUCUGGACGGCCUGCCUCUGAAGGACCUCUGCCUCAGGGGUAACCGGCUGGAGGCGAUGGGAGGCCUGGAGAGCUUGAGGAGCCUUGAGGUCCUGGACCUGUCCCACAACGGGAUCAGCAGUCUGUCUGGACUGCAGCGCCUGCGUGUGCUCUGCUCGAUCAACCUGGAGUCUAAACAGAUCAGUGAAAUUAAGGAGGCCACCCACAUCCACGACCUGCCUCUGCUGAGCGACCUCAACGUCCAGAAGAACCCAGUGCAGGAGCAGGAAGACUACCGGCUGUCCGUCAUCUUCCUCCUCCAGCGUCUGACCAGGCUGGACCUGCAGAAGGUCACGGCUGAAGAGAAGGUGUCCUCGGUGAAUAAGUACGACCCCCCUCCGGAGGUGGUGGCGGCCAGAGAUCACAUGACCCACCUGGUGUACCAGCUGAUGCAGCCUCAGGUCCUCUACGAUAGUACCCUGCCCAGCGUCCACUCCCCCUACCCCAUGCUGGUGCUGACAGGACCGCAGGCCUGUGGGAAGAGAGAGCUCGCCCAUCGGCUCUGCCAUGACUUCAGCGACUACUUUGCUUAUGGCACCUGCCACACCACCAGAGGGCCCUACUACGGAGAAGAGGACGGCAGCGACUACUAUUUUGUCACCGAGGAAGAAUUCCUCCACAUGAUUCACACGGGUCAGUUUGUGCAGACCGUGCAGUACGGAGGCCACCGCUACGGCCUGAGCCGCGGCGCCAUCGAGGAGGUGGCGAGGGAGGGGCUGGCCUGCUGCGUGCACAUGGAGCUGGAGGGCGUGCUGAGCCUCAAGAAGAGCAGCUUCGAGCCGCGCUACGUGCUUCUGAUCCCGACGCACACGGAGCGCUACAGCCAGAGCCUGAAGGGGCGGGGCCUCUACAGCCACGCCCAGAUCCAGGCGGCCGCCGCCCGCAUCCAGCUCUACGGCGCCACCAACAGGGACCGCCCCGGCUUCUUCGACAAUGUCAUCCCCUGUGAUGACCAGGAAGAGGCGUACAGCAUCCUGAGGACGGUGCUGAAGGAUUACCUGGGAGCGGACGACCAGGGAGACAGUGACCAUAGCAACAGAGAACUCCGAGAUCAACCCUCCACAGCCUCUCUGCCAUUGGACGGAGGGUGCCCCACCUCUGCCCAGCGUGACCAAUCAGUGUCAGACACUGAGUUAGGCUCCGCCCCUGUGCUGGAGCUGUUGGACCCCUCUUGUAGAAACUACCUGACCAAACUACAGGCCCAGCUGAGCCCCCAGAAGACCGCCGUGGAGCUGGCCUCCAUCAGUAGGAAGGAGCAGCUGUUGCGUGAGGCUCUGGUUGGGGGGCACCCAGGGGCCUACAGUCUGCUGUUUAAGAGGUGCACACACACACACACACACACACACACACACACACACACACACACACACACACACACACACACACACACCACCGUGCCCUCUGCUGUGUGGACAAGAGGCCGCUAACCCGACAGCCAGGCUUAAUGGGUCUGAUUGCAGCACUUCUUCUGACUUCUAUAGCUUCCUUUGUAUUUUAAAAUGUCCUCCCAUUAUCAUGCUGUGAUUUGACCUUGAGAGAUAAAUGGGGCAGCUGUGUGUGUGUGUGUGUGUGUGUGUGUGUGUGUGUGUGUGUGUGUGUGUGUGUGUGUGUGUGUGGU